CGAAAGCCACCCGGUUUUCCAUUCUCUCUCUGCCGCCGCUCCUUGGUCUCGGAGCUCUGAGAUUUGCGUCGGAGCAAGACACACCACUCAAUUGCCGAUAAUUGACACAAGUUGAAAGCUUUGUCUUUCCCAGCUCACUGUGACGGAGGAGAUCACGACAACAUGUGGAGGAGACUAGUACCCUCAUCACCAGGGAGGCGUCAAGCUUUUGGCUCAGCCCCGUGCAGAUCCACCCGUCCGUUCCUCAAUUAUUCAGCAUCUUCCUUGGCAGUGGAACCGUUUCAGGGGUCAUUUACUCUGUCAUCAUUUCACGCUUCUAUCGCUUUUUCUUCUAGACCUGCAUUUGCUAUAAAUCACGAGUACGACCAAGUUCAAUCUGACCUUGAGGGAAGGAACAAUACAUUGGGGCAAAAUGCAGAUUACAGUGGGCUUCACAGUCAAAAUAUUAAAUGGUCGUUUAUGGAGAUACCACAUUAUCACUGGAAUUUUAUACAGGACCCUAUCCAGAUUCAUCCAGAUCGUUUAAAGGCUCUCCGGCAGAGCUCGGACCAGUUUCGUCAGAAUUACGGUGGGGGUUUCAAGGGAAGCACAGACACUGAAAUUGUGAAUAAUCCAGUUCAACAAAGUGAAAACUUUAGCCGGUUUUGUGGGCCUGAAAAUGGAAGGUUGCAGCAAACCACCCAACAAAAUUCAUAUGUGGCUCACCAGGAAAAGCCGAGGGAACUGGUACAGAUGCCACAUGGUUUUAAAUCACAAAGCAGUUCAGGAUCUCCGGGAAGUAUAAACCACAAUUAUAUGCAACACUCUGCAGAAUAUCAGCAAAAUACGGUUGAUUAUAAUGUACGGAGCAUUUCUGCACAAAAUCAAAUUUUAAGUGAUUGUUACAGAAAUAAUGCACUACACCAGCCCAGUGUUGAUACCAGAAGAUAUCAGCAAAGCCCACAGGUUGGACAAUAUCACCAAAGGCUGCAGUUCGAACAAUAUCAGCAAAGCCCCCAGGUCGGACACUAUCACCAAAGGCCGCAGUUUGGACAUUAUCACCAAAGGCUGCAGUUCAAACAAUAUCAGCAAAGCCCCCAGGUCGGACACUAUCACCAAAGCCCCCAAGUCGGACAAUAUCAGAAAAGCUUCCAGGUCCGACAGUAUCAAAGAUACCCCCAGUUCAGACAAUAUGAACAAAGCCCCCAGGUCAGACAAUAUGAGCAAAGCCCCCAUGUCAGACAAUAUGAGCAAAGCCCCCAUGUCAGACAAUAUGAGCAAAUCCCCCAGAGUGGACAGUAUCAGAAAAUCCCCCAGGUUGGACAGUAUCAGCAAAGCCCCCAUGUCAGACAAUAUGAGAAAAGCCCCCAGAUUGGACAAUAUCAGCAAAUCCCCCAGGUUGGACAGUAUCAGCAAUGCCCACGGGGUGGAGAACCAACUGAGGCUUCUGAUAGUGACCCUAAUAGUGUUAAGGGUACUUUUGAAAAGUUGGAUUUGUUUUGCAAGGAGGGGAACGUUAAGGAGGCUAUGGAGGUCGGACAGUAUCAGCAAAGCCCACAAGGUGGAGAACCAGCUGAGGCUUCUGAUAGUGACCCUACUAGUGUUAAGGGUACGCUUGAAGAGCUGGAUUUGUUUUGCAAGGAGGGGGAAGUUAAGGAAGCUCUAAAGGUCUUGGACAUGCUACAGAGGCAGGAUGUGCAUGUGAACUUGGACCGGUAUAUUCAGUUGAUGGAUGCAUGCGGGGAGGCUAAAGCUCUUGAAGAAGCAAAAUCUGUUCAUGAAAACAUGAAGUUACUGUCUCCUUUAGAAGUGAGCACCUACAACAGAAUUUUAGAGAUGUAUUCAAAAUGUGGUUCCAUGGAGGAUGCAUCAAUGGUUUUCGAUAAUAUGCCGAAGCGCAAUUUGACGUCUUGGGACAUUAUGAUAACAUGGUCUGCUAAAAAUGGUCAUGGGGAAGAUGCCAUUGAUCUAUUUACUCAGUUCAAGGAAGCAGGGCUGAAACCCGAUGGACAAAUGUUUAUUGGGGUUUUCUAUGCUUGUAGUAUUGUGGGAGAUGCAAAUGAAGGAUUAUUGCAUUUUAAAUCAAUGAGGAAAGAUUAUGGGAUUGUCCCAACCACGGAUCAUUAUGUGAGUGUAGUUGAUAUGCUCGGAUCUAUAGGUUUGCUGGAUGAGGCUUUGGAGUUCAUUGAAAAGAUGACAUUGGAACCCAAUGUUGAUGUUUGGAAAACCUUGAUGCAUUAUUGCAGAGUUCAUGGGUUCUUAGAGCUUGGGGAUCGUUGUGCUGAGCUAGUUGAUCAGCUGAAUCCCUCUUGCUUAAAUGAGCAAGCAAAGGCUGGCCUUAUUCCUGUGAGUGAAUCAGAUCUUGUUAAGAAGAAGGAGAAGAAACAAAUAGCCGCAAAAAAUCUUUUAGAAGUCAGAAGUCGAGUCCACGAAUAUAGAGCAGGAGAUAGAUCUCAUCCUGAUAAUGAGAAGUUUUACUCUCUACUUAGGGGUUUGAGGGAACAAAUGAAGGAGGCUGGUUACAUCCCAGAGACUAGAUUUGUGUUGCAUGACAUAGAUCAGGAAGGCAAGGAAGAUGCUUUGCUUAGCCAUAGUGAGAGACUUGCUGUUGCGGAUGGUCUCCUUGCCAGCUCAGCUCGUUCACCUAUUAGGGUAAUCAAGAAUCUUCGUGUAUGUGGUGAUUGCCACUCUGCGUUAAAGAUCAUCUCCAAAAUUGUAGGUAGGGAACUUAUUAUGCGAGAUGCUAAGAGGUUCCACCAUCUCAAAGACGGCAAGUGCUCUUGCAAUGAUUACUGGUGAACAACUGGAUUUAAGUUGUUGUUUAUUUUAUGUAUAAUUCAGAUCUGUUUAAGCUUGCAUCUGAAAAAUAAUAACUCUUUAACGCUUUCCUCUACAUGAUCUAGUGAAAUAUUGAGUAAUUUUUUUUAAUGCCUUUCCUGCUUUUAACUGAGAGUUCCAAAGAAUAUAAUGUUUGUGUGAAACAGAAGACACUGAUAUGUACACCCUUGAAAUUAUCUGCAGGCUCAAAAAGCUCUUACAAAUGUUGAGCAUAAGAUAUAUUCUUACUGGCCCCUAGCAUAAAUUCUCCCAAUUUAGCUUGUUAGUUGUUACCUUCUUUGCAGAGGGGUUGCUGUUCUCCUCCAUGUGUACUGCUAUGCUUUUCCUAUUUAUUUUCUGAACUACUUCUCUUCUAGCAGACAAGGCAGACGGAUAUGUUGUACAAUAUGAUCAUCUUGUAGAAUAAAUAGUUCAAGAUUUUGGAAUGCCUGAUAAGUGAUACCUUUCGUUCCUGUGGUUGACUACCUUUCGCAGAAUGUCACUGGAUAAUCAUCCCUGGCUUUGAUUGCGUCUCAUCUUUCCUCUCCUGAUUGCUUAUUUGCACUAUACCAAUAUUCAGAUUUCUUUCAAGACACAUCUUCUCUGAAGACAAUGAAGGGCAAGUGUGGCACAUUACCACGAUACUACAAGCAUUAUCUGGAUUUCCUAACAUUCUUUCUAUUUUUUAUUGGCUACAAUGUUCCCCACGGAAGUCUAAGUCUAUUAGGUUACAAAUAGCUCAUUAAGUGUCAUUCAGCAAUUAGCUCUGAAGGAUCCUACUAUCCAUGCAAAGUUGGGUUUGCUGGACAAUGAUGAGCCCACAAAAGCUGUGAAUUCUGAGAGGUUGGGCAUGUCACCUUAGCUUCUCCUACUAAAAUGAAGAAAAUAUCUUUACAGAACCUGUUACCUAAAGAUCUUGUUAAUCUUUCAGUUCAAGUCUUAUCUGAAGGAGGUAGAGAAAGAGCACUUCCUUUGCUAAGAUCGUUAGUACUGGUGUCCCAACACAACUGGAGGAUAUUGAUAAUCUAAUUCUUACAUCCCGGUGGACUGCUGUUGCUUACAUACGGCAGGUGAGGAUAGCAUUGCUUUACUGGUUUUUCAUUUUCAAAAGCAUUACUAAUAUUGAAAAAGUACCGAACAGAUGAUUAGCAUUGUUAAAUGUGUUUAACUUCUCUACGCUUGACUGAGCUAUGGAAGUGUACUUGGUUCAGUAGAUUCAAAACAAAGAAGUCUAAACCUUUAUUUUGUGUUUCCCAUGUGCUUGCUUGGGGAAAAUUCCCGGAAGGGAUUGAACGAGCCAGAUAAACCAAAGAACAAGGCUCAUUAUUUUGAUAGUGCUCUAUCCAAUGUGGGUCGCAAGGAAGAAGCUUUAAAGCGUCUGCGCUCGGCUGCUGGUAAAAAUCCUGCCAGCAGUAGACGAUCUGAUUAUUGAUUCCACAUUAUAUCAAAUGCAAAUUUUGCCAGGGCUGUGCCAUUUGCACUCUUCUGAUACACAGGAUUGGAAUGCCAAUAACAUCCCUUUUAUAGUUUUACUUUUUUGUAUCUCAAUUGAAAGUUAAUGAUCAUUGAUUUGUACUUUUAAAUGAAAAUGAGUUGAUGAUGUAUGGCAGUCUGCCAUGUUUGUAUUUGUUGUAAAUAAAUGAUGCUGUUGAGUCACUUCAGGGCGAACU